AUGGUCGGAUCGACCUACUCCUCGGAGUCAGGGACCAGGCCCGUGACUCCCCUCAACCUGCGGUCUCAGAUGGAUGCGGGGUACCAUAGCGGGGGAAUUACCAUCGUAGAGAAGCAUGUCAUGAGGGAGCUACCGAAUGCACAGAACAGUCAGCUGGAGGCUGCUGCGAGCCAGCUCGAGUCGCCUGAUUGCUCUUCUGUCUCAGCUCAAGUGCUCUCAAGGCCGGCCGCUGGCAGCAGCCUUACGAGCUUUCCAAUCAGCGAGCUGUACCACGUGGAGCACUACCUCAAGGCGGUGCAGCGACAGUCCGUCGCAGCCCGUCGCAGCCUGCUGGGCCGGCGACAACAUGCGACUCCUGGCGCGCACGACGGCUCCGACCGAGCGAUUUUCGAAGACAUGCUGAGCUUUCAAAGGGAUCCCAUCCCGACCUCGCUCACGCGGCUCCCCACGGACCUGCAGACAAAAGCCGUGCGAAUGUUCCAAGACAUUCUGCACUACAUGGGGCUCAACGGCGCGCCGAUCACAGACGAACGCGAGCUGGCGCAGACGCUGGUGCGAAUCCUCAAAAUGGUUCUUCGAAAGCCAGAGAUGCGGGAGGAGUUAUACGCGCAGCUGCACAAGCAGACGCGGAAUAAUCACGACAGGGAGGCGUGUUUGCGGGCGUGGGAGGUGAUGCAUUUGUGCGCGUCGGUGGCGCCGCCUGGGGCGUAUCUCGGGACGCCUAUUACCGAGUAUGUGCAUGAGAUCGCGAACGAUGCGGGGGUGGACGAGGAGGUGAAGUCGCAGGCGCUCGCCACGUGGCACGCGCUGAAGAAGGCGAUGAAGAUCGGCGCGAGGAAGACGAUCCCGACCGUCGAUGAGCUGCUGGCGCUGAUGACGGGCCGUGCGCUCAAGACGAUGGUGUUCUUUCUGGAUGAUACGUUCGAGGAGGUCGGGUACGACGCGUCCACGACCGCCGCGGAGAUUCUGGAGAGAGUUGCAACCAGCAUUCGCCUGGAGGAGUUCCAGACCUUCGGGCUAUACGAGCACAGAAAAUACAUCACUCUCGCCAACAACAAUUCAGAGAACGUUUCCAACGACUAUAUGGGGAUCGACGAGAAAGCCUACAUAGGGGACGUGAUGGCGGAGCUCAUGAGUUUCAGAGAGAAGAGCGAGCGGCAAGUGCAGCUGCGCCUCCUCUUUCGCAAGAAGUUCUUUAGGGAGAACGAGGAGGCGAUCACAGACCAAGUGUUCGUGCAGCUGUCGUAUCUGCAGGCGAAGCAGGACUAUGAGGAGGGGAAUUACCCCGUGCCCAGGGAUGACGUGGCGCAGCUGGCGGCGCUGCAGUUGAUUGUGGACUUCGGCUUGCUUCCUGAGCCUGAGGUCACACUCGACUGGCAAGCGCAGGUGGAGCGGACUAUCCCAGUGCAGUUCCAGCCCAUGAGGCAGAAGCGCGAGUGGGACAUGGACGUCCUCACUCGCUACAAGGCUCUGUCGCACCUAACGCCUGAAGAUGCGAGGCAGCAGACGUUGAGAAUCAUCCGAGCUCUCCCCUAUGGCGGGUCUGCAUUCUACCAUGUGAGGCGCAUCGAAGACCCGAUCGGGCUGCUCCCCGGGCGAGUGCUUAUUGGCAUCAACAAGCGCGGGGUCCACUUCUUCAGACCUGUCCCGAAAGAGUACCUGCAUUCAGCAGAGCUGCGGGACAUCAUGCAGUUUGGCAGCAGCCCCGCCGCGGUCUUCUUCAAGAUGCGUGUGGUGGGCUCGCUGCACGUCUUCCAGUUCGAGACAACACAGGGGGAGGAGAUCUGCCUCGCCAUCCAGACGCACAUCAACGAUGCCUUGACCCGUCGCUUCGCCAGGCAAAGAGCGCGCCAGCACAACGCGCCGAUGCUUGGGUUGGGGCCUGCUGGGGGUGGUGGGGCGGCUGGGGAAGGGAUUUCGGCGGGUGGAGGAGGAGGAGGAGGGGUGUUGGGGGAGGGGCAGGGGCAGGGGCCGCACCCGAUUACGGAGUAUGAGCAUCGGACGAAGGAGCUUUCAGAGAGCUUGACCAGGGCAUUUAUGCACAUUGAACAGUUGAACCAAGAAGUGGCAGCGCGGGCAGCAGCAGAGGCGAAGUUGCAGAGCGAGCUGCAGGCAGUAAGGGAGGCGCUGAGGCAGGGCGAGGUAGCGAACGAGGAGGUGGUGGAGGAGAGAGAUAGGUUGGCCGAGAUGCUGCAGAUGGCGAAUCAGCCGGGCAGGGAAGCAGCGCUGUCGUCUGGGUCAAUAACACCAGGGAACGUGAGGCGGAGGGACGGGCUUGGCAGCACAGGCAGCAACAUGAGUCUGCUGAAUGACGCCAGGACACGAGCAUUGGAGUCUCAGCUGAAGGAGGUGCAGGAGGAGUUGAAGGCUGUGAGCAGGAGGGCGGAGGAGCAGGCGCAGGCAGCUGCGAGGGAGAAGCAGGCGUUGGAGAAGCAGCUGGCAAAUCUGGAGCUCACAAAGGACAACGAGAUCAAGGCCUUGGAUCUGCGGUCGUCAGCAGAGAGGGAUGAGCUGGCCGCCAGGCUGGCGAUUGCGGAGCAGCGAUUGGAGGAGAGCCGGGCGGCGGAGGCGCAGUUGCGGGAGGAGGUGAAGGAGAAGGAGGCACAGUCGGAGCACCUGGAGGAGUUCUUUAAGGAGUUAGAUGAACUGAGAGAGAUGAAGGAGGAGAUGGAGAGGAAUCGGGUGGAGAAUCUGGAGGUGAUACAGCGGCAGGGCAAGCAAAUAGCGGAGCUGGAGAAGGCUUAUAAGGAGGAGAUCGUGCUGCGGAAGAGAUACUACAACAUGAUGGAGGGUGAGUGGGGUGGGGCAUGGGAUGGGAGUGAGCGCUGGGGCCUAGAAUUCAAAAAGUGCAUGCGUGGAAGGGCGUAUAAGGAGGAGAUCUUGCUGCGGAAGCGCUACUACAACAUGAUGGGGGGUGAGUUAGUAAGAGUGGUGUGUGGCUGUGCUGGGGCUCACAUGAUGGAGGACAUGAAGGGCAAGAUCCGGGUGUAUGCGCGGUGGCGGCCGCUGAGUGGCAGGGAGCGGGGCGAGGGGCAGCGCAUGGUGCUGGAGAUGCCGGACGAGUUCACGCUGCAGCACCCCUGGAAGGACCCGCUCAGACCUGGCCAGCCCAAGGCGUAUCAGUUUGACCGGGUCUUCGACCACACCGCCACUCAAGAGGCCGUCUUUGAAGACACACGGUACCUCAUCCAGUCAGCCAUUGACGGCUACAACGUGUGCAUAUUCGCGUACGGGCAGACGGGCAGCGGGAAAACUUUCACCAUCUACGGAGGGGACAACAACCCCGGGCUCACGCCGCGCGCCAUGCAGGAGCUGUUCAACUGCCUCCGGAAGGAGGCUGGGCGCAUGAGCUACAAGCUGCAGGAGGGGGAUGAAGGGGGUCACAACCUGGGCCUCACGCCGCGCGCCGUGCAGGUUCUGUUCAACUGCGUCCGGAAGGAGGCUGGGCGCAUGAGCUACAAGCUGCAGGUGGGUUGCCCUUCUGGGGUUAGAGUUAGCAGAGGAAGGGAGCAGGAGGGGGGUGAAUGGGGGCACAAUUCGGGGCUCACCCCGCGCGCCAUGCAGGAGCUCUUUAACUGCCUUAGGAAGGAGGCCGGGCGGAUGAGCUUCAAGCUGGAGGUGUACAUGCUGGAGCUCUAUCAGGACACGCUGCAGGAUCUCCUGCUGCCAAAGAGUGCCACCAAGAGGAAGCUGGAGAUCAAGAAGGAUGCCAAGGGCAUGGUCGUUGUGGAGAAUGCGACUCUCAUCGAGGUGCAGUACCUGUCCCAGCUGGAGGCGGUGGUGCAGGGGGGCAUGGAGAGGAGGGCAGUGGCCGGCACGCAGAUGAACGCCGAGAGCUCUCGGUCGCACCUGGUGCUGUCGAUCGUGAUUGAGACGACCGACCUGCAGACGCAGAACGUGUGCCGCGGAAAGCUGAGUUUUGUGGACCUGGCGGGAUCAGAGCGGGUCAAGAAGUCACGCUCCGAGGGAGAGCAGCUCAGAGAAGCGCAAUCCAUCAACAAGUCCCUGUCGGCUCUGGGGGACGUGAUCAGUGCGCUGGCGCAGGGCGGCGGGCACAUCCCGUACCGCAACCACAAGCUCACGAUGCUCAUGAGCGACUCGCUGGGCGGCAACGCCAAGACGCUCAUCUACGCCACGCGGGUGCGGUCAAUCGUCAAUGAGGCGUCGAAGAAUGUCGCCAACAAGGAGGUGCAGUGGCUCAAGAGCAGGAUAUCUCACUGGAAGCAGCUGGCCGGGGCGAGGGCCGAGGAGGAGGAGUUAGAUGAGGUAUGGGGUGGGAAGCAGCUGGCCGGGGCGAGGGGGGAGGAGGAGUUGGAUGAGGUGGGAAAGAAGAGGAUGCCGGUCAGUGGCAAGGAAGGGGGCCGAGUACGGAGCAUACGGGGUAUGGUAGUGGUGGUGAGGGUGAGGGUCGGGAAGGCAGGUGCAAGGGGUGGGAAGCAGCUUGCAUGGGCGAGGGUAGAGGAGGAGGAGCUGGAGAUGUGUGAGUUGAUGAUGAUGCUGGUUGAGUGGGCACUGAAGUCGGUAAGGGGUUAUGCUUAG